AUGCCGAAGAAGGUAUCAGGAAGACGGACCAUGGCAAAGCACUGGAACCAAACGACAGAAUUACAUAAAGGACUCCAUAGCAGAUACCCAGCCAGAAACCCCCAGACCACCACAGAACGCUUGCAACAGCAACACAAACCACCCCACAACACCCAUAUACCUCAACACCUACCACAACAAAACCCACCAAAAAACAAACCACCCCACCAACAAAAUUCACAUCCUUCAGAACCAACGGAAUACAACCCACCUCCACUACAGCAACAACAAACCACAGCCAACACAGACACACAAGACCCCAGAUAUAGGCAGCAGGGAAAAACCCCCCACAUCAAAGACGCAAUCCACUACACAACAACAAACACAAGACCAAAACAACAGAACACUACCACAGAGCCCCAGGACAGACACAAACAAAUGGAAACAAACAACACGCCACACCUCCUCAAAAACCCCAACGUCCUUUACGCAAAAUCAACUCGGAAAAACACCCUACUUCCAACACCACCCAAUCACAUGAACACACCCCCACCCCAAACUUCACCCGUGACCACAAGCAAGGAAGCAUGCACCACCCAACAGUUAAAGCAAGCAGCACAAGAAGCAAUACAGUUGAAACCCACAACAUCUACUUUACAGAUGGUCAGUAGACCUCAGCGUCCCAGCGGCAGCCGCAGUGGUCUAAUCAAAAACACUCAAAGGAAGCUGGAGGCUCCUCCGACAAUGCUCACACUAAGACAGAGCUGA